AUGUUGAAUAGAAAUCCAUCAUGUAUUGAAGAUCUAGCGAAUGAACUUUGGCUUGAAAUUUUUGAUUAUCUUGAUUGGAUUAAUCUUUAUUCAGCAUUUUAUGAUAUCAACAAACGAAUUAAUCAAUUACUUGAAUACACUUUACUUAUGUUUUACAAUGUUCAUGAUCAUUUUGUUGGUAUUCGAAGAUUUACACUGAAAGACGAACCAAUACCAUUCGUGAAAAACAACGAUAAUAGUGUUAUUUAUCCACAACGAAUUCUGGCUUCUACUCAAGAUGUUAUUGAUUGUCAUACAUCAACGCCUGCAGACGAAGCUACCUUAUCAAACACUUUAAAUAUGAUUUUGAAGAACACUGAAAUUUUUAACACAAAAAGUGAUGCUAUUCAACGUCAAAUAUUUGAACAAGCAGAAUACCCAAUACCCCAUCUUUUCAUCGUACUUCCAGAAGAAACAUCUUUCAAUCCUUCAACGUGGUUUCGUCAUACAUAUCGUUUGCAUUUCCUAUGUGACUGUGAAAACGAGAAUGAACGUCAUUUUGCUUUGCAUGACGGGUAUAAAAUAAGCAAACCACAUGAAUUCUUUCGUAAAUAUGGACCUUAUCUUCGUCACAUAUUAACAGUAAUUAAAGGUAUAGCAUGCGUCGGCAGCAUCGCUCUUCCACAAUUGUCAUCAAUGCAUAUGGGAUUAUCUAAUUUUACCGCUCUACAAAAAAAGGAAUUCUGUAAUAGUAUUAUUGAUAAAGCAGAGCGAGCAGGUGAGAUUUUAACAAAAGUUGAAGAAUGUCUGAAUAUUUCAACAGAAGCAAUAAUUCAAGAAGUAGACGGUGCUACACUACGACCAAUUCGCAGGUAUUUGGAAAAAGUGGAUAAUCAUGAUACGUUAGGAAAUUUAUACCGUUCUAUUACUUCUGAUGGUCAUGUUCGAUGGGUGUGUGUUAAACAUCGCAAUGGACCAUGUUCAAAUGCUAGUAUCCAACAAUUACGAAAAGACUUUCAACAAUUAGGUGGAAAAAUAGGAGACGAUGUUGCUUUGGUGAAGGAAUUACACAAAGAUAAGUUUGAAAAGUUCAUCAAAUUGUUGGAUCAAGGAUUAACAUUCAAAACAAAUUCACGGCUGAUAUUUAAAAUUCGACCAGCAGAAGUAACAUCUUCACUGGAAUUAACUGGAACAAAUGAAGCUGGAUUUACUCUAUUUAUAAAAAGUCAUGACGAAACUGAUGCAGUUAAAUAUUCUUCAGCCAUUAACAAUAUGUUUGAAGAAUUGAAUGUAUCAACACUUCAUCUACACAAUGCAAUUCUUUCCGAAAGUCUUUGGAAUACUAUCCGUCAAUUGGUUGUUGAUAGUCAAAAUCUAGAAGAAAUGAUUAUGAACUGUCCUUCAACAUUAAACGAAACUCAAGAAUGGCUCUUUUCUCUUUGUAAAAAUGAAAGCUUGAAAAUAUUACAUAUAAUGAAUGGACCAAAGCAAGCGGAUGUUUGUGUAGAAAUUUUUCAAAUGUUGAAAGAAAAAAACACUUUGGAAAAAUUUUCUCUCACGUCUUCUACUUAUCGCCUUCAACUUGAUUUUAUAUCUGCAUCAUUACAAAACAGGUAUUCAACGUUAACUGGAAUUGCUAAAUGGUGUACCAAUAACAAUAGUGAUGUUCUAAUUAUUAAGAAGUUUCUUCAAAUUAUACCAGUUCAUCAUCUGUCAUUAGACUUGUCGGAUAUCAAUUGUGAAACAUCACUUACACAAUUAGCAGAGACUAUUAAUCAACUACCGUUAUUAAAAACUCUUGAACUUCAAAGCAAAACUAGUUGUGCAGUUUUUCAUCGAGAAAAACGGAUUUUCAAUAGAGAAAGUAGCGUACGUGAAUCUGACUGUAUUAGUCCUAAAUAUUAUCAUUCAUCUCAGGAAGAAAGCAGUAAUCCUCCACUACAGAUUUCCAAUGAAAGAGCAAUGCCUGUUGAACCUUUCUCUCACGUUUCCUCAAAUCCACUUUAUAAACAAAUACAAGAAAUUGCACUCAAUUUUACACUAAAACAAUUUCAAAUUACUAUUAGUCCUGAUGUAAACAUAAGUCACAUUGCUUCAAGUAUACAAUCAAAUUCAACAGUAACUCAUCUACGAUUUGUUGGACGAAUAGAAGAGACUGAUAUGACGACAUUAAUUAAAGCUUUUCGUAAGAAUACGAUAAUAUCGCAUUUAUCUUUGAAAGAAAUUGAGAUUUCACUUCUUAAUCUUCGUCAAAUCUUCGAUAUGUCCCAUGUUAAUCGAAGAUUACGAGUAUUAGAAAUUCAUCAUUGUACAUCUGAUUUUGAUCAAAAAUUAUUUCAACAAGAAAUUAAACAAUCACUCUCUGAAAAUCAUACUUUAGAAAUUUUUGUUUGA